CUUCCGUUUGCCUGGUCUUUUGGGAAACAGCCGACUUCCGGCCUCGCAGCGGUGGGCGGAGCUAAGAUGGCUGAGCAGAGACUCGCGACGAGAACUCAGUUUCCUGCAUCUGCUGAAUCUCUAAAACCCCGGCUGAAAAAAGAGUUUCCUAUUUUGGAGAAGCAGAACUGGUUGAUACAUCUCCACUAUAUCCGGAAGGAUUAUGAAGCAUGCAAGGAUGUUAUCAAAGAACAGCUUCAGGAGACUCAGGGGUUAUGUGAAUAUGCUAUCUAUGUCCAAGCAUUGAUAUUUCGCCUGGAAGGAAAUAUCCAAGAAUCCCUAGAACUCUUUCAGACGUGUGCUGUUCUCAGCCCUCAGUCUGCUGAUAACCUCAAGCAGGUGGCCAGAUCUUUAUUUCUUUUGGGAAAACAUAAAGCUGCCACUGAAGUAUAUAAUGAAGCAGCUAAACUUAACCAGAAAGAUUGGGAGAUCUGUCAUAACCUAGGAGUUUGCUACAUUUACCUGAAACAGUUGGACAAGGCACAAGACCAGUUGCACAAUGCCCUACAUCUUAACAGGCAUGACCUGACUUACAUAAUGCUGGGCAAGAUCCACUUGCUGGAGGGAGACUUGGACAAGGCCAUCGAAAUCUACAAGAAAGCAGUGGAGUUCUCACCAGAAAAUACAGAACUUCUCACAACUUUAGGAUUACUCUACCUCCAGCUCGGCAUUUACCAGAAGGCAUUUGAACAUCUUGGAAAUGCACUGACUUACGACCCCACCAACUACAAGGCCAUCUUGGCAGCAGGCAGCAUGAUGCAGACCCAUGGGGACUUUGAUGUUGCCCUCACCAAAUACAGAGUUGUAGCCUGUGCUGUUCCAGAAAGUCCUCCACUCUGGAAUAACAUUGGAAUGUGUUUCUUUGGCAAGAAGAAAUACGUGGCAGCUAUCAGCUGCCUGAAACGAGCCAACUACUUGGCACCCUUCGAUUGGAAGAUUCUGUAUAAUUUGGGCCUUGUCCACUUGACUAUGCAGCAGUAUGCAUCAGCCUUCCAUUUUCUCAGUGCAGCCAUCAACUUCCAGCCAAAGAUGGGGGAGCUCUACAUGCUCUUGGCUGUGGCUCUGACCAAUCUGGAAGAUACAGAGAACGCCAGGAGAGCCUACGCAGAAGCAGUCCGCCUGGAUAAGUGUAACCCUUUGGUAAACCUGAACUAUGCUGUGCUGCUGUACAACCAGGGAGAGGAGAGGGGCGCCCUGGCCCAGUACCGGGAGAUGGAGAAGAAAGUCAGCCUACUCAAGGACAGUAGCUCUCUGGAAUUUGACCCAGAGAUGGUGGAGAUGGCCCAGAAGUUGGGAGCUGCUCUCCAGGUCGGGGAGGCACUGGUCUGGACUAAACCAGCUAAAGAUCCCAAAUCAAAGCAGCGGACCACUUCAACCAGUAAAGCCGCCAGUUUCCAGCAGCCUCUGGGUUCUAAUCAAGCUCUCGGACAGGCAAUGUCUUCAACCAGUAAAGCCGCCAGUUUCCAGCAGCCUCUGGGUUCUAAUCAAGCUCUAGGACAGGCAAUGUCUUCAGCAGCCGCACAUAGGAAGCUCCCCUCAGGUGCCGGAGGAACAUCCCAGCUCACAAAGCCACCAUCUCUUCCUCUGGAGCCAGAGCCCACUGUGGAAGCACAACCAACUGAAGCAUCAGCACAAAUAACAGAAAAAUAGGUGUAGGAUGAACCCAGAGUUGGGGUUUCUUUGGCGAGGAUGUUCCAGAUUAGGAAAGGUCCCAUGACACAGGCAGCAUGGAGGCCAGCACGUUCCCUGGGCAUCAUGAACUAGAACGCAGAACGUGCUAUGAUGAUCACGAGGAGCCUGAGGCCUACGCAGUCCCCUGCUGCCCGUCAGCUAGGAAAGAGAGAGAAGAUGGCCCAGACAGGUUCCCUAAGAAUUGAGAGCAAGGCUUCGGCUCUAUGUAUGUAGAUCCAAGAGCCAGCAGGGCAUGUGAUGCUAUCUGCGUUGGAAAGGACUUUAUCUCCUGGCUGGCUGACCCCUUCCUUUGUGGAAGGAAAGUCUGAGACAGACCUCUGCGCGGUAGUCCUGUCAUGACAAAGCCUUGUCUUAGCUGGCUGAUCCUUGGGCUGUGUGGUGUAUCAGCCACUGAAGCAAACACAAAUCUUGGAUUAAUAACCCAGCUCUAAAAUAGUCUAAAAGAAAAAAAAAUAAUGAUGAAACAAGCUCUUUAAAUUGAGGCCCAGCCUAUUGAGUAUCCCAGCUGCACUUGCCCAAGAGCAUCCAGAACAAGUCCCUGUAUCUUGUUCUUGAGAGGUCAGAGUGUAGAGCCAGAUCAUGUCAGUAUGAAAAGAAGUAGAGAUGAAGGGCUGGUCUGGUAUGAGCACCAAGGAUUUAAAAAAAAGGAAGAGCUGCUUAACUGAGGAAUUUUUGUUUGACAAUCAAUGAUACCACUGACCAGAUGUUAUCAAUACAUUAUAUAUACUUUUCAGAAUAAAGAUUAUGUAUCAUC